AUGAAUACUGUUUUGAGUGAUUUAAAAGAGAACCCUCUGUGGGCAUACAGGGUUUCCAGCUAUAGUAACGAGUCUUCUGGCCUUUCCUGUGAUAAACUCCUGAAAAAAUGGAAUUUUCACCGUUAUGUGAGAAAGGUGAUAAAGGAUAAACACAUAACUGAAUUUUUUCCUAUUCAAGAGAAGAUCAUUCCUCUUCUCCUUAACAACACAUACAAGGAUAGAUUAUCUGUUUUUUCGUGCGACUUCAUCAUUACGGCUCCCACCGGCCAGGGCAAGACACUUUGUUACGUGCUACCGCUAAUUAAUAAUAUCUUGAAUUUGAAAGAGAAUCGACUCUCUGCUCUUAUAAUUGCUCCCAGCAGGGAGCUGGUGAAACAAAUAUACGAGGUGUUUUCCUGGUUCAUAGACUCCGAUCCGUUAACAUAUGACCUCAAAGGGAACGGCUUGAAGGUCAGACUCUUCUAUGGAGAUAAGUCCUUCAUCAAGUACCACAGAACAAUUCUGAAUGAUCCUCCUCAUAUCGCAAUUACGACACCUGGAAUUCUCGUCGAAUACUUCAUUGACUUUGAUAAAAACCACUUUUAUAACACGUUUUCACACCUCAAGUGGAUUGUUAUUGAGGAAGUGGACUUGAUGCUUAACCAACCGUUAUUUGAAUGGGUUAACGUGGUCGUUGAUUUGGUUAACACUUUGAAGAGAAGUGAAUCGAAUCAGUGUUCUGGUCUUCCCCAAAAAAUCCUUGUUUCAGCCACAGUGCCCCUAAAGUCACACGAAAUCGACACAUUGGAUCUGAAUAGGCCAAUUUUGUUCAGACUAGAUGAAAUCAUUUUUAAAUUACCUAAAAACUUAACACAAAACUGUAUUUCCACAUCUAAGAGAUCGAGACCUCUUGUUCUAAUAAAGCUGUUGAACUUCUUGUUUUUUGAAAAGGAGUCUGGGAACGUUUUGGUCUUCUUUUCUAAGGUUGACACCUGUCACACAAUAGCCAGGUUACUGCAAAUAUAUGUCCACCAAACGAAAAGCAACUUUAAGGCCAUGGAAUUUAACUCUAAAUUAUCGCAAAAGGACCGGAAUAGAGUGAUGAACACUUAUAAAAAAGAAGGCAAAAUUUGCCUGCUGUGUUCAGAUGUGGCAUCGCGGGGAAUAGACCUUCCAAACACAACUGUUGUAGUAAGCUACGACGUCCCAAUCAGGCUAUCGACAUAUAUACACAGAGCAGGACGGACUGCAAGGGCAAACAAUGAGGGGAACCUUUACGUAUUCGUAUCUAAGAAGGACCAAACGAACUACAACAGGUUUAUGAAUAAGUUAAAGGUCGAAAGGAGUGAAAUAAACAACAUUGACCCCAAUGGGCUGAUGAGUGAACAAAAAUCUAAUAAAUUAAAGGAAAUAUAUCCAAAAUUGGUUGAGAAUGGCGAAAAAUGCCUAGAUUUGGAGUCUUCUGGUAAAAUAAAAUAUCAUUCGGAGUUAAAGGAGUCUUGGUACUUGAUUGAUUCAUAA